CUCAGUCGUGUCUUGCACAGUCUCUAGCCGCCAGAUCGAUAGCCCCGGGGGGGCUUUGACUGAUUUUGCUUUUAUGUAGCCCCAUCCGUACGGUUGAUCUAUCUCACACAGCUUGCUAAUCUGCAACCCAUUGUUCAUCGCUCGAUGCCACCGCCUCCUCCUCCUCCUCCUCCACCACCAAUGGGUGGCUCCACGCCCAACCCGCCACCCUCCGUCAAUGCUCUUCUUGGCGACAUCCACAAAGGCUUCAAGUUGAAGAAGACAGAAACCAAGGAUCGAAGUGCUCCAGCAAUAGCUGGAAGAGUUACUGAUCUGCCUGGAACUUCCAUGGCAGCUCCGCCAAUUUUAUCCUCCGGCGCCCCUUCGCACUCUAGCCCACAAGCGCCCGUGAGCGGCGCCCCGCCAGUUCCGCAACUAGGCGACAUUUUUGCCGGUGGUAUGCCCAAGUUAAGAAGCGCCAGUGGAGCCAAACCUCCACCAUCAGCUUCAAAUCCCUCUGUGCCCUCUAGGCCCCACCGGAGGGUCCCCUCAUAUGACGCACAAGCCGUUGCUCCUCCCGUUCCCUUCGGCUCAGCGCCGCCAGUGCCAGGGUCUUCAGCUCCCAAGCCUCCAGGGUAUACCCCCGUUCCGAGCUUUCCAAGCCCUCCUGUUGGGACAGCCCCUCCGAUUCCUAGGAUUUCAGCCCCGGUUGUUCUGGCUCCGCCAAUACCCCCUGCAAGCUCGACCCCAAGUAUCCCCACAAGACCGAAAAAGAAUCUCGUGCCGCCUAGACCAAAGAAACCUGAGCACGUUAGGUCACCUUCGGGGUCGUCUUUGGGGGUUACCAGCCCUCCUCCAAUGCCCGUAUCGCCGCCUCCCCCUUCGUUCUCUGCCCCUCCACCGCCACCAGUUCCUAGUGCCAGUGCUCCUGCUCCUCCAAAACUUCCAUCUCUGGAAGCCCCUCCUCCUCCUAAACUUCCGUCAAUAGGUGCUCCCCCACCGCUCCCUGUAUCAGGGGUUCCUCCGCCACCGCCAUUGCCCUCUGGAGGGUUACCGUUCUUGGGAGAAAUCAACAAGAAGAGAGACGACAAAAACGUGAUUGGGGGGACUAGCAAAGCGAGCUCCAGUGCUCCUGCCCCUCCCUCUGACAGUUUGCCAUUCCUAGCUCUGAUCAAUAAGAGAGACGAGGCUAAUGCGAUGUCGGCUCCCAAGAUCCCUUCUCCUCCUCCUCCUCCUCCUCCUAGUGGGUUGCCAUUCUUAGACGCCAUCAACAACAAAAGAGAUGAUAAGCAUGUUUUUGGCGGCCAAGGUGCUCCAAAAAUUCCGCUGGCCCCCGCCCCUCCAACCUCUGUGAGCCCUCCCGCGCCCCCAUUACCCUCUGGAGGGUUGCCCUUCCUUGCUGCCAUCAAUAACAAACGUGAUGAUAGUAAUGUGAUUGAUGGGGCAAAGGCUCCCGGUCACUCUGCUCCAAAGGUGUCGUCUGCGCCACCUCCACCACCAGUACUAGCUUCCCCUCCUUCUAUGGAAGCACCACCUGUUCCACCACCUCCAUCAGGGGGCUUACCGUUCUUGGCAGGGAUUCAAAGUAGGAGGGAUGACUCCAAUGUGUUUGAUGGCUCAUCCACCCCUCCAUCGGGAAGUGAUUCAAAUCCUGUCCCCCGCCCUUCUCCGAGUAUUCCAAAGGCCCCAGCGGCAUCUGCGCCACAACUUCCGACAUCAUUUGCGCCUCCGGUUCCACAGGUUUCCGCACCAAAACAGCCGCCCGCCCUUCCACCUUCUUCGAUAAUCGCUGGUCCUCCGGCUUCAUCUCGAAGAGCCCCACCCCCACAAUCUGCACCCCCACCAGCGUUGCCCCAAUCUGCUCCUCCUCAAGAAACGAUCCCGCCGCCAUCCUUACCUCUUCUGUCGGCGCCAGCUCCCCCGCAAGCAUCCACAAAGCUGCGUAUGUUUGGAAACUCGGCUCAGACUACCGCUCCAGCCACUGGUAUCACACCUGCUGCCUCUAGCUUGAGAAAAAUCGAUACUUCGUCGUACACUAUCACCGGCUCCCAAGUUGCCCCUGGUGCUACCGCCACGGAAAGGUUUGUGAUUGACGACGCUCGAUACAAAUAUGUGAAUAAAAACAACUUGCCAAAACCGAGACGCUUCGAGGGCAAGGAGAAGUUGUACCCGAGUGGUAGAGGUAGCAGUGUUCCGUUGAAGCUCGAGGCUUUUCAAUGAAGUAUGAGCGGUUUCCGGUGAGCAGAAGGAUUAUUGAAACAGGGUGUCAUAGUUAUACGAAUUUAUGGUUAGCGUUAGCAACUCACUAUAUAACACAUGCUAGGGCUGACUGGUUGUAUUUAUAUUUCUCCUGCUUAAUCUUAACGUAAUUCAAUUAUAUAAGUAUGUUAAUUUUUUAUGCAAAGCAAGC